CGGGCUGUCAAACAAAACCAAUAAAGAGAGCUUGAUGCCGCUGCCAUGGCGGAGACGGUGGGUCGCUGCUCCAGCAGCGAUUCGGAGCCGGAGGGGAGCCCCAGGAAGCCCCCCAUCAAGCGCCGCCGCAUCCUCCCCGCUGACAUCGGCGUGGCCGCCGUCCCCGUCUACUCCAGCAAGGUUCAGAACAGUCUCCAUUUGUUCCCUGAGUCUCUGAAACUGCCGGUUCGAACCCCAGUGCUGUCUUCUGAACCGCAAGUCAUUGGCACAUCAGAUGAGGAGGAGGUAGAGGAGGAAGAGGCUCCUACAAAGCAAGUGAAACAAGAAAAAAGAUGUGAAGCUCCUUCCCCUUCACCGCCACCUCCACCGCAGCUCAAGCUCAAGAAACGACGCCAUGGAGCUAAAAACUUCCACCAGAAGCUCAGGAAUCUGACAUCCUCCCUCUCAGCUGCCAAGAAGAGCUUGCAAGAUGAGGAACUCAGAGAUGACGUGGUCCUGAUUGAUGUGUUUGACCCCUCCGAGUCCCAGGAAUUGGUGCUAAAGAUCCGGUGUCGGGCUGAUGUCUACAAAGUUUCUGUUCAGAUGACUGACCCCCUUCAACGAGUGAUUGAGCACAUGGCUCAGACGCUGAAGGUUCACCAAGACAGAAUACUUCUCCUGUUCCGAGAUCGCGAACUUGCAGCUGAUGCCACCCCCCGUGUACUGGGCCUGGGGGUGGCUGAUAUAAUCGAUUGUGUAGUGGAGACGACUAGCCAAGGGAGCAGUGAUGCUGGAAACCUUCAACUCCGGGUGCAAGGGAAAGACAAAAGCUCCCAGAUGGAGUUUACCCUCCAGAGGGGGGAGCCAUUGCAAAAACUUAUGAGUCACUACCGUCAAGCCCAAGGUUUCGGCAGAUGCAAACUUAAGUUCUAUUUUGAUGGACAGCGUUUGGCAGGAACCUGCACCCCUGAAGAGUUAGGGAUGGAGUCUGGCGACGUAAUUGAAGUAUGGAGCUAGAAGUCCUUCCAUCUCUUCAAAGAGGCUGUUCACCUGGGCUCUGUGUUCUGACCAACUUCAUUGUGUCCAAUGUCUGAGUGCAAGGGAAGCAGCCUUGUUUUUCUUAAACAUGAUAGGAGUGUGGUAAUUUCUGUCUGAUCCAGACACAGGGAGGGAAAACUGCAUUCCGAUGUCACGUCCCAUCCACAUGCCUGAAACUUACUUAAUAAAGCAAAUUUUGUAACUGGCCCCCUUGGAGCAGAGUGGAAAGAAACUGCUCAGUUAAAGUGAAAGCAAUACAGAUUCUGGAGGGGCAGUGUGCACUGAAUAAUUCUGUUUUGUUUAAAUCAGUGCCCCUUUUCCAUUUGUUUUAACAACGCUAUAUAAUCCUGUUACUGUUUUCUUUCAUUACCUUUACUUGGUGGUAGUAAGUAGAACUGGAUUAUUUGAGGUCUGUGCAGUCUUUUAAACCCUACUAGAAAAUUAUAGUCCUCUUAUGUCUAUGCCAGAUUUCUCAAACUUUCUUUUUCAAGGCUAGCCAACCUCCAGGAUUGUUAGGCUGAAAUUCCCAUGACCACUGGCCAUGCUUGCUUGCACUGCUGGAACCUGUAGCCAAAUAUCUGGAUGAUAUUACAUUGUCUAUAUCUCUUUAUAUGCAUCCCCACCUUGAAUAUGGCUUUUUAAAGCAAAUUUGUAAUCCAUGUGUGCAGAGUAUAAGUUGGCGUUGUGAAUAGCUGCAGACUCAGAAGAUACUAUCUUACCUAUACUCUUCCAUGUACAUCUAACUUACCUAACAAUGUCUCUUGGUUAUUUAAUUGCUAGAUUUGUACCGGUACCUCCUUUUUUAUUGGAGUCCUCCCUACAGCAAAUAAGAUAUGGACUUAAUCCAUUUAAAAAACAGCAUUUUUUCAAAGUAACACAGAACCAGUCCACCAGGAUUCUGAUGUUGUCUCUGCCUCCCUUCCUACUUUUUCUCCUGUUCCAAGUCAGGUCCAAAGUCCUUCACAUAAAAGUAUGUCAAAGCUGUAGUUUACUUAUUUAGGCAUUUGUCCAUGGAGUUCAAUGGGAUUGAUUCUGAAUACAAACUAUGGCCUUGCAGCUCAUAGGGGACAAAGAUUCUGAUAUUUAUUGGAUUAUUUGUGUUUCUGUGGAAACAUAGCAUCAACUUCAUGGGUAUUCAAUGACUGCAUAGAAUUUUGGUAGCUUUUUCUCUGCUGCAAGAAACUGCCUGCCAAAUUUCCUCCUCUUCGAUGUUGGCAGGCUUUAGGUUUCAGGCUGCAAAACUGCAGGCAGCUUUUAGAAUGGAGUUGGGAUAAUAUAUGGUGACAGACUGGCAAGAAGUUCCUAUGCCCUUUAUAUAUAUUUUUUCUCAGAAAAAUGUUACAAGCUGCUAGUUUACUUUUUAAAAUGUGAAGGACUUUGCCCCUAAUUUGUAUGUUGACUUUAUCAUUGUCUAAAGCUUUGCAAGCUUUGCCCUACCUAAGCACACUUUAACCUAGUUUUGAUAUUGCCCAAUGCAACUUAACCCUAUUUUGCAAUGUGUGAAAUGUUUUAAAUAGGUGGUUCUGUGAUUUGAAGGGCUUCAAAGUUGUUUGCGUCUUCAGUUCUGCCAAAUGUUGAGACUUCUAUUUGUUAAAGCCUAUAUUAAAUCAACCCACCACAAAAAAAGAGCAGAGCAGGCCCUGCCUUUAGCCAGAAUAAGGCAGCUGCCUCGGGUGACAGAUUUUGGAGGGGCAGCAAUACGGGAUAUACACAGACUUAACUGCCAGUCUGGCUGACUUUGAAUGGGGGCGCCAUUGUGUUCUUUGCCUUGUACUGGUUACAGCCACAAACUCAUUCAGCAAGUGCUGAUCCUUGUGUAGCCAAAGGGGCGCUAUCAAUGCACUAGAAGUUGGUACCAGCAGGUUUGCCGAGAGUACGAAACAAAAUGCCUUGAGGAAAGAAUGAAGGGGUGGGGGAAACAGCCCAAUGAGGAAUGUGUGUACUCACUAGCUCCAUACAUAAUACUUACAUGUGAGGGUAAAAAAGAGGGAUGGUAAAAAAAUGUUUUGGAAAAGGACAUGGUUGGCCUGAGCAGCAGCAAUCCAUACUAUAACAUUUUGUUACAGACCCCUCACUUUACAAUUUACUGUUGUGUUGUGUUGCAAAAAAUAAAACUCCUCUUGGAUUUUAAAAAGA